AUGAGGGGCAGAUGGCUCGUGUUGGCGUUGUUGGUUUCGGGUGCUUUACGAUUCACGGCCCAAACAGAUGGCACCGAAAGCGCUUCCGUCCAUAUCUGCAGUCGUAAUUCAGGGGGCAAAGCUCCGAAACAAGCAGCGUCUCCACACGUCCGCGGUCAUACGUUGAAUGAAAUUGAUCUCAUCACACAUCACCAAUUUCGAAAGAACAAGCUGGAGUCGCAGGCACUGUUCAAUAGCCAAAAAAUGCUUGGAAUGUUUCGAACUUCAGAACAGUUUGUGGAGUCGGUUUUCUCGGCCCUCAACGCAUCAAAAACUCCAUGCGUACUCUGGGGACACUAUCUCCUUAAUGUCCACGGCGUGCCUUCAAUCAUAGGGUCUAUAGAUUUUGUCGUCCAAGAUCAAAUGCUUUCGGUCGGCGCCGAUGCUAUCUCAGAAUUACCCGAAAUCGAGCAAUGCCCAUCCGUGGAACUUUGCUUUGCGAGCUCGCCUGAGCGUCGAACACCACCGCCUGCAUUUCAUGUGCACAUCAAAUCGUCGGAGCUCACCAUAGGGUUAUACCUACAGUCAGAAACACUCUGGUUUCUACCAGACUUUGACGAUUCCCUCUUAGCUUUCGAAGACAAGCAAUCAGCGACAUUUGCUCUUGCUCAUGACCGAGAUGUGCUUCCACCCUGGCGACCGGGUCGCGGAUCUGGUGCUUUCAAAUCUAGCGACACCUCCAUUGUCGUACCCAGAUCUCACAUACUGUUAGAGGCUUACCUGAGACUCUAUGCUCGUGACUCGGGCAAGACAAUGGGCUCCUUCGCCAUGGCCAUGAUCGCCUACAUGGAGGAAUAUGUUGACGACGACGGUUUGCUCGACUCGACACGACUUCCGGAACCACUGAAGUCAUUCUACGACGAGCUUCGAGUUGGUGAAAAGCCACUGCGACAAUGGACGAAGGAAUUCAAAGAGAGCCUUGAUAUUCCUGACGAAGAGUCUGAGGAUGAGGAUCUCUGGUCUUGAAGGAUAGAGCAGGCCAUUGUAAUUGUGAUAUUAUCAUUCUUCACCUUUUCGUAUCCGCGGGGCUGUCUAUCCUGUAUAUCGCUUUUGCAGUAUUGAAGUAUCCUUCGUACUCAAUAAUUUCUUCCUCUCCCUCGGCUUCGUAAUGAUAGUGACCUCCAGCAUUCUUUGUCAGCGGAGAGAACGCGUGGGUAUGCUCUAUCCUCAAGCCCAUCUUGUUGCCAGGGUCCGCAGAGUGCAACACAGAUAGUCCCACAAUGGGCGAAUCGAAAUCAUGAAAGGUCAACCACUUUUCAACUUCCUUUCUAUCUUUAAAAGGUAGGUCGCGCUCAGCAGGGAAAUCAGGCAUAAUGUGGUAAGUCGCCUUCCCUGCCUUCACAACAAAGGCUCCACCGAGACUGACAGUUCUUUCAUCGCCAUACGCAGCAUUCAGCCCUUUCCGGAUACACUCGGUAAAGCUCCUUUCAGAACCCUUGCGGCCCUUUGCUGUAAUCUUGAGGACCGGUCCUGGCUCGCCCAGGGAACCGUACAAGUUGACCAUGAGACCGCAGUCUACGGAAGGGCUCGUUCCGACGCUGACUUCUCCGGUGGCGCGUUUGAUCUGGAUGACUUGACUUUUGUUAUCAACCUUGUCAAGACCGCCUUGCCAGCUGAGAUUCGGCACAAGCUCGCUGUUCUGCCCGAUGACGUGGAAAGGACCGGCGCCGGCACCGAUCAAGCUGCCCUUUUCGGGGCUCAUUUCCAUGUUUUUGCCAAUCUCUGGUAUGGACCAGAUACUGUCAAGCCGGGGGCGGGGAAAGAGGUUCGGCUGACCACCAACAUCUGCGAUUUUUUCAUCCCCUGAGAGACCCUCGGUCGCCAGGUGAAAAGGUGCCUUACGCAGGUCGGGACAAUUGACCACAGACACUGAUGCGUGCUUGUAGUUGGCGUCCAAGGGAGCUUUGAGUUGCUCGGCUAGCUCUUCCAGGCUCGGGGGUGAGAGAGGGAACUUUUCGACACGCAUCGUGAGAAUAUGAAGUAGAAAGGCGUGAGUAUUGUUAGAGCAAGUGACUUUCGAGGCUCGAGGUAAGUACAAAUUGAUGCCUCUUCUAAGUCAACGGUACUAAUAUU